AUGAUGCUAUGUUUGUUUGCGUUGGCAGUGGCUUACAUUGCCAGUGGUGGGAACUGUAAAUAUUAUGUACAACAUUCUGGAAAAUUAAUAUUAACAGAACAACUAAAUACUAUAUCUAAUCUCCGUGUAAUAAGUGAAGGAGAGUCAAUAAAAUUAGAAACAGAAUAUUUAAUGAAUUUUCCAAUAUAUUGUAUACCUCAUAUGACAAUAGAUAGUAAUAGUAAAAAAAAUAAAAAACCAACAUAUUAUAUAAAACAAGAAUUUCAAAAUUCUUUAUAUUUAUACAAAAAUAAUUUAAAUGUAAUGCCAAUAACAUUCAAUGAUAAAAAUUAUAUAGCUGGUAUGGCAGCUAAUAAUGGAUUAGUUUUAAUUGUCGCUGAUCUUGAUAUAUACAAAGCUGAUGAAGAAAAAAAAAAAAUUUCAAUGGUUAGCAUUAAUGAUUCAAAAUAUGACAAACUAUUUAACAAUGAUGAAAUGUUUUAUACAGGAAUAAUAUCUGAUGUUGUUGAAAAUCAAUUUUUUUUGAUAUGUACAAUAAAAAGUAAAUAUUUCAUUGCUCAUAUAAAAUAUGAUGAAAAUAAAGGAUAUAUAACCAUAUUAAGUAUUAUUGAAAAAUUAAAUGGAAAAAAUUUAUCUGUUGUUAAUUCAAUUAGUAUUGUAGAAGACAGAUUAUAUGUCGUUGAGAAUGCAGAAAAUGUUUAUCAAGCUGUAAUUGAUAGAAAAAAUGUAAAAAAUAAUGCUAAUUUAAAAGGUAUUAAAAUAUAUUCUUUUGAAAAAAAGAAUGAAAAAAUAUUAGGAUUAAGUUCUAAAACGAUCACUAAUCCAAUGACAAACAAUCUUAGUGAUUAUAUAAUUAUUAAUACAAAAAAAAUAUCUCAAGAUAAACCCUCUUCUGAAAAUUGUAUAUACCUAGCAAGUGUAAAUAUAAAUAAUAAUAAAGAAAUUGAAAUAUUUAAUAUUAUAGAUAUGUAUAGUUCUGAUAUGAAUCCAAUGUAUUUUAGUGUUUAUGAUAUAUAUUUAUCUAUGGAUAGUCGUAAAGAUCCAGGAGAGCAAAAAUUAUGGAUGAAACAAUUAAAAAAUAAUAAACCUAAAUAUUUUAAUAUUCCUAAUAAAAAUAUUAAUGAAAAUAAAGAAAAUGUUGAAGAUCAAAAAUAUAUGUUAGAUAUAUUAUGGACAAAUCAAUUUAAUUGUACAAUAAAUAAAGGAAGUUUAGAUCUUCGUGAUGUUAAAUCGGUUCCAAAUAAUGAUAUAAAAAAAUUAACAUUAAAAAAAAUAAAUAAUCAUUUAUCAACAUCCCCUUAUGCAAUAUGUUCAAGUACUUGUUCUAAAGAAAAUAAAGUUUUUGAUGAAGUUUGUUAUUAUGAUGCUCAAAAUAAUUUUGUUAGUAGUUUAAACCCUUCAGAAAAUUAUAGUGAGGGAUAUACUGGUCAUAUUGUAUUUGAUGGAUUAAAAAAUUAUAUAGCAUUUGAUUAUAAGUCUGUAAAAGGUGUACAUGCAUUAUCAUACCCAUUAGAUAAUAUGAUAUAUAUACAUUUAAAGAAUGGAAAUGUAAAAAUAAAUUUACCACAACCAUUUGGAUUAUCAAUAGAUAAAUAUAAUAGCACAGAUAGUGAACUAAUUGUAUAUGUAGCAUGUAAUGAUGAAGAAAAAAAUUAUAUUAAUAAAUGUGUUGUCAAUCAAAAAGAUAAAUCAUAUCAAUGUUUUAAUGUUUAUAAAAAAACAAAAGAAGAUAAUGAAUUAUUUCAAUAUAUUUCCUAUAUUACCUACUUAACUAAUAAUAAUAAAGAAGAAAAUAAUUAUAUUUAUGUUUCAAAUAAUAAAAAAUCUAUAUAUAAGUUAGAGAAAAAUGGAAAAAAAUGGGCUUCUAAUGAAUGGUUGACUUUAGAAAAACCAAAUCAACGUGUAGGUCCAGUUUCGACAUUACUAAACUAUUUUUAUGUACAUAAAAAUAUGUUAAAUACAAUGAAAACAAAAUUACCAGAAAAUGAAGUAAUACAAAAAUUGGCUACAUCAAAUGAAGAAGAUUUACAUAUAACAGAUGAUGAAUAUAUAUUUUUACAAAAUUCUCAUACAGUUGUUUUUGCUUCUAAUUUUGAUUCAUAUGGAAAAGAAACAGGAUCUCAAAUUAACUUUUAUGCUAGUUUAUUUGAUGAGAAUUAUCAUCAAUCUUUUGAAGUAGAUAGUAUAGUUACAAGUAUUGAAAGCGCAUCAACAAUGAGCUACUACUUGCACGAAUAA